AUGUCGACGGCGGGACUGCCUUAUGGCCUCCAGGCCAUGCUGAAGGAGGGGCACAAGCACUUCCAGGGGCUUGACGAGUCGGUGCUGAGGAACAUCGAGGCAUGCAAGGGCCUCGCCGAGAUCACGCGCACGUCGAUGGGCCCCAACGGCAUGAACAAGAUGAUCAUCAACCACCUGGACAAGCUCUUCGUGACCUCCGACACCGCGGCGAUCGCGUCCGAGCUCGAGGUCCAGCACCCGGCCGCGCGCAUGAUCGUCCUGGCUGCGCAGGCGCAGCAGCAGGAGAUCGGCGACGGCACGAACUUGGUCAUCUCGCUGGCGGGGGAGCUGCUGUCGAACGCGGAGGACCUCAUCCGGGACGGGCUGCAGCCGACGGAGAUCGCGGAGGGGUACCGCACGGCGACGGAGCGCGCGCUCGCGGAGCUGGAGACGCUCGUGGUGGAGGGCACGGGGCGGUUCGACCCCACCAACGCCGAGGACGUGAUGAAGCGGAUCCGCGGGAGCGUGGCGUCGAAGCAGUACGGGUACGAGGACGCGCUCGGGGCGCUGAUCGCGAAGGCGUGCAUCGCGGUGUGCCCCGCGAAGAACCCGGCGAACUUCAACGUGGACAACGUGCGCACGUGCAAGAUCCCCGGGGGGGGUCUGGCGAACAGCGAGGUCGUGCAGGGCAUGGUCAUCCCGCGCGGCGCCGAGGGCACCGUCACGCGCGUCUCGGACGCCAAGGUCUGCGUCUUCGCGCAGGGCGUCGAGGCCGCGAUGACCGAGACCAAGGGCACGGUGCUCAUCAAGUCGGCCGAGGAGCUCACGAACUACGCGAAGAGCGAGGAGGCGCGCAUGGAGGCGAUCGUCAAGGGCAUCGCGGACGCGGGCGUCAAGCUGGUCGUGUCCGGCAGCGCCAUCUCGGAGAUCGCGCUGCACUUUUUGGAGAAGUACGGGCUGAUGGUGCUGCGGAUCAACUCGAAGUUCGAGCUGCGGCGGCUGUGCCGGGCGACGGGCGCCGUGGCGCUGGUGAAGCUGCAGCCGCCGACGCAGGACGAGCUGGGCUUCGCGCGGGCGGUGGCGGUGGAGGAGAUUGGCGGGACCACGUGCACGGUGGUGCGGCAGGACAGCGCGAUGGGGCAGCUGUCGACGGUCGUGCUGCGCGGGGCGACGAAGCAGAUGCUCGACGACCUCGAGCGCGCCGUGGACGACGGCGUGAACGCGUACAAGUGCCUGUGCCGCGACGCGCGCCUCCUGCCGGCCGGCGGGGCCGCCGAGAUGGAGCUCGCGCACCGGCUGGCCGAGGUGGCGCGGCAGACGGAGGGGCUCGAGCAGUACUCGAUCCAGAAGUUCGGGGAGGCGCUCGAGGUCGUGCCGCGCGUGCUGGCGGAGAACUCGGGCAUCGACGCCACGGCGGCGGUGUCGGCGCUGUACGCCGCGCACGCCAAGGGCGAGCAGAACGCCGGGCUGGACAUCGAGACGGGCGGCGUGCGCGACAUCGGCGCGGACGGGUACUUCGACGUGUACACAACCAAGUGGUGGGCGCUGCGGCUCGCGGCGGACGCGGUCAACACCGUGCUGCGUGUGGACCAGAUCAUCAUGGCGAAGCAGGCGGGCGGGCCGAAGCCGCGCGGGCCUGGCGGGGACGACGAGUAG